UACAUCAUGAAAUACACAAUUUUUCAUAAAAUGUAGCUACAUAACAAUUAAAAUGAAUACUUAUUUUGUGCUAACAUUAAUGAUAUAGAUAUAUGCAGUAUUGUACGACAAAGUCUGCAUAGGGAAUAGUGAAGGUCAGCAUGACUUUGUCCCAUGCACUCUCAUGUGUUUAUGAUUAUGAUCGAUAAAGAUUUGACGGGUGUAUCAUGUGCCGUAACGGUGCACUUUAAUCCAUUGUAAACAGAAAUUAGACAUCGUAUCUUAAAGCAGUCAAUUUCUUUUCUUCUCUGUAUGAUAUUUUAUUGAUAUGACACAGUAUUAAAUGAAAUAAUUUCUUUUGAUGGGGAAUAUGGAAUGUAAUUGGGAGUAAUUUGUUUGUAUAGAUGCUGUUAGUGUGGAGGUGUGCAUCCUAAAAAUGGUUUUUGAUAUAAACAGGAAACCCUUUUAGGAUGGCAGUGCUUCACUUCCCUAUUGUUUAGAAGUAGGUAAUGGCGUGAACUGGAAAGAGAACUUGAUUGGUUGGAAUGACAUACAUCAACGAAUCACAUUCAUUGUUGCACGUAGCAAAAUUUCCCUAAUCUAUUAUUAGAAAGUACAGGAAGUCUGAUAUGUAUGUCAAGGAGGCGUAUCACAUGCUGGUAAUCCAGUUACAGAAGGAACACUCAGAAAUCAGACUGUCUGCAUUCCAAAUGAUUGAUGAGCUCUUCAAUCGAUCACAUAUGUUUAGGGACCUGCUGUUGUCUGACUUGCAAACUUUUCUGGAACUGACUGUUGAAGUAGAUUUUGAUCAGCCACUGCCACCACCGAAAGCUGCAGCUAGCACACUGAAAGCCUCUGCUCUCAGAGCCAUUCAACAAUGGAAUGACAAGUUCGGAGAGGCUUACAAAAAAUUGUCCCUUGGAUUUAACUUUCUGCAGAAGUGCAAAAAGGUUGAUUUUAAUGGCAUCAGAGCCAGGAGCGAAGCAGAGCAAAGGCGAGAGAGGGAGAGAGCAGAAAGACAACAGAGAAUCGAUCGGGACAGAGUAAAUAAAGUUCUCAAGGAAAUCGAAGAGAUAGAGCCCGACAUCAGGAGCUGCCUUACAGAGGUAGAAAACUGUUUCUCAAUAGUACUUCCUACUCCAGAAGACUUCUUCCUUGGUGUUGAGUGCAGUGAAACUGCUGAAGGCCCCAGCAAAUGUUCAACCAAAGAUCAGAACCAGCAAAUAUCUGAAACAGGAACUCAGAAAUGUGUAAAUUGUGAAAAUCAAGAUUCAGGACAAAAUCAUCCAUCAACUUCAAUAGCCAGUUGUGAACAGUGUAAGAGAAAUGGAAAUGAUUCGGAGAAUGAAUCCGGAGAUGUAAGCAGGAGUCCACUGAACAAAGCAAAUGUUAAAUGUACAAUAACAGAUGAAUCAUCAAAAGAGAUAGUGACUGAACGCAGUGAAAGAUCUGAAGUAAAAACAGAAAUUAAACCAGGAAAUAGAGAAAAUACUCUCAAGGAUUCAACAAGUUUCUCCAGGAGUGGGAUUAAUUCUGAAGAUAAAGAGGAGAGUGAAAAAGAAAAUACUGAAAGUGAGUCCGAGGAUUCAUCUGAUGAUGACAUGGAGGAUGUUGGAGGGUUUGUACAGGAACAUGGGCUGAGAAACCAUCAGUACAGCAUAGCUAUAGACCUACAACAGGGACCGGUACAGCUGGAGGAGAACGAGGACAAUCUGCCUGUCUUAACUACACUCAAGGAUCACUACCGACUGAUUAGUACGAAACACCAACCCAGAGUAGCUCGCUGGCUCCAGGUACUUUCAAAACAUGGAGGAAAACAAGAAGAUGUGAAACAUGUGAUUGACAUCAAAUCUCAACUACAGCGGAUUAAGAAUAAAUUCUAUGACCUGAAAGUGGUACCACGAGAGGAACACACAAAACACGAUGAUGAUAGUGAUGAUGAAUUUGAAGACGUGCCAGAGAAGGAGGGUUUUGAGGCAGAUGUUCCAGACCAUCUCACAAAAGAGCUGGCUACUGUUUGCAAAAAAUCCACCUCCUCCACGAAACCUACUGCCACAGUCAGCAGUGCAGCAGACAAACCCAGUACUUCAGGGGCGGGGACCAAGCGAGCAUUUGUAAAGGCUUCCUGGAGCAUUCGGAAUGAAUUACUGGAACACGACGAGAAAGAUCCUACCACAAUGAUAGCUAAUCUGAAGAGAAUCAAAGAUGAGGCUGAGAAUGAAAGUAGCACCUCUAUGACCACAAGUGAAAGCUGUACAACUAAACACACAGAUGGCAGCACAAGUCGUAAAGAGAAACUGCUCAGCAAUGCACCUGUGGUUUCCUAUGGAGUUGAUUUGGAACACUGGGAGAAUCCAAAUGAUAUUAAAGUUCCAGAGAUCGUAAAGUAUGAUUCUCUCCACCGAUUCUGGUCUCCAUCAGAUGUUGAAAACUGCAAAAAUGAUUCUAACAGCAUUGGUGAUCUAACAAAGAGGACCAUACCUUUUGUGGGGACAUUUCAACCUGUCAAAUGGAAGUGCAGGGCUCCACUGUCUAAUGGCAGUUUGUGUGAAAGAAUGGACAGAGUCAAAUGUCCUUUCCAUGGGAAAAUUGUUGCCAGAGAUGAAUAUGGUGUUCCUGCAGGAGAACCAGAUACUCCCUCUACUAGUACUCAGGGACAGUCAGAGGAGGGACGUGAUUGGGAGGAUCCAGAACUACAAGCAGAUAUUGAAGCUGCUAUCGGAGUGGAUCUAGGUUCUAAAACGGGGAAAGGAAAAGGAAAAGGGAAGGGAAAAGGAAGGAAGAAGAAAGAACCCAAGUAUCCCAACCUAACGGAUAUUAACAUCGUAAAGAACACGACCAGAACAAGGCUGGAGAAAAGGGUUCUCAAUAAAUCUGCAAUGAAAAGAGUGAAUGAAGUGAUGGAUAAUUUAGCAUAUAAAAGAAUACGGGACAGAUUUGGAAAUCAGUUUAAUUAUUCUUUGCGUUAAUUUUCAAAUUAAGUCAAGAAGUCCAGAGACUGUUUAGAGUAAUGGAAUAUUUUCGUUGUGCCAUUAAUUUAAACGAAGCAUCAUUAUUUACACAGAAUUGUAUCAUAGUGUUUUUUUAACAUAAUUUAUUAUUUUGUGUAAGUACAUGUAGAUAAUUUAUUUAUAUAAUGAUAUUAUAUGUACAUGUAUGUGUGAUUAUGAAUAAAUUUGCCUAUGGAU